AUGGCGGCGCCCAACCUGCCGGCGCUGCUGUCGGCCUCGGACCUCAACGCGCUGCACAGCCUGAAGGCGAGCGGCGAGGAGAUGGGGCCGGAAGGCGCGGUGUACCUCGGCCACGGCAUCGCGGGCGCCACCUCGAUCACGGAGCUCGACGUGUCGAACAACAAGCUGUGCGGCAUCGAGGCCGCAGAUGAGCGGGAGGCGUACAACGGCACGCACUUCGGCACCUUCUGUAAGCUGCUCGCCAAGAACUCGAGCCUCACCAGCCUCGACGUGUCGGCAAACUACAUCCUGGCCGACGGCACCACGGCGCUGUGCGCCGCGCUCGCCGGGAACAAGCGGCUCAAGACGCUCAAGCUCAACGACUCGGCGAUGCAAGAGGCGGGCUGGAUCGCCCUCGCGAGGAUGGUCGAGGACGCGCCCUCGCUCUUGGUGCUCGAGGCCAACUGCAACCUCGAGUUGAUGCGCCCUGCCGAGAUCCCAGCCGUCGCCAAGGCCAUCGCCUCGGCAGUGGGGCGCAGCAAGAGCCUCACUAGCGUCGACCUCUCCUCGCAGGAGUGGAAGAAUGGCGAGGCCAGCGGCCUGCUUCCGCCGCUGCUGGACUGCAAGUCGCUGGCCACGCUCAACCUCUCCUGCGCCGAGUGCGGGCCCCACGUUGGCGCGGGCCUGGCGCAGCGCCUGAAAGGCCACCCGGCGCUCACCAGCUUGCAGCUCGACUCCUGCGAGCUGGGGUCGGGCGCGCUGCCCAUCUGCGCCGCCGUCGGCGACUGCGGCCUCACUGAGCUCAACCUCUCCAGCAACGAGCUGGACGCGGCUGCUGCCAACGCGCUCGGCGAGGCGCUGGCCAGCAGCGUGACGCUCAAGAGGAUUGACAUCCAGUCUAACCUGAUCGAGGAGGGCGGCGUGGCGCUGGGCAAGGGCCUCGCCGCCAGCACGUCGCUGACGGAGCUUGAGCUCAGCGACUGCGCGCUGGGCGACGAGGGCGGCGCGGCCGUCCUCGAGGCGCUCAGGGCAACACCACGCUCCAGGUCCUCAAGAUGA